GAUGGUGGUGAGGAGAGUGAGAGGCGGUGGGGAAGUGCGUCUGAUGGUUCCGCAUCCUUCCGUCGUCCCGGACUCCAACCGGCGAGCAGCCAGUUCAUAUCAGCUGGAGGACAUCACGGAAGCAGCAGUCGGGCUGUGCAACCCCUCCCCGCCAGACGCGCUCAAUUUAGCGGAAGAAAAGCGGACAAGACGAGAAAAUGAACGCGACUCCGCCAGCGGAAUACGACUUCGAGCGGCAUUUCGACGAAAGAAGAGCCCUGGAAUGGAUGCAGGAGAACUGGAGCAAGGCCUUCAUGUUCUGCGGCCUGUACGCUGCGCUGGUGUUCGGCGGGCAGCACUUCAUGAGGGAAAGGCCCAAGCUGAACCUCAGACGGCCUUUGAUGCUGUGGUCACUCAGCCUCGCCGUCUUCAGUAUCAUCGGAGCGCUGAGGACCGGCUCGUACAUGCUGCACAUCCUCGCAGCCAGCGGCUUCAGGCAGUCCGUCUGUGACAACAGUUUCUAUAGCGCCCCCGUCAGCAAGUUCUGGGCAUACGCCUUCGUACUGAGCAAGGCCCCCGAGCUGGGUGACACGGUGUUCAUCAUCCUCCGCAAGCAGCGCCUCAUCUUCCUGCACUGGUACCACCACAUCACCGUGCUGCUCUACUCCUGGUACUCCUACAAGGACCAGGUGGCGGGCGGCGGCUGGUUCAUGACCAUGAACUACUUGGUCCACUCCCUCAUGUACACGUACUACGCGGCGCGGGCCGCCGGCCUGCGGGUCCCCCGGCCCUGCGCCAUGAUCAUCACGGCCACCCAGAUCCUGCAGAUGGUCAUGGGCCUGGCCGUGCUGGGCCUGGUGUACCGCUGGAUGCACGAGACGCGCUGCCCGUCCAACAUGGACAACAUUGCGUGGGGCUCCGUCAUGUACCUCAGCUACUUGGUCCUCUUCGCUUUGUUCUUCUACCGGUCCUACCUGGGGGGCUCCUCCGGGGACAAAGGGUCCAAAGCAGAGUAGCUGCUCGAUGCUCCUCCUCCUUCUCUUGUAGGCGCCUGAAGCUGCACGCGGUGACGCAGGUACGCAUCAGGAGCUCUUUGCAUAUCCAUUUAAAGGUGUGCAGCAAAUUUGAAACGAGCUUUAUAGCAAAAAUAGAAUAAAAUACACAGAUAUAAUUUCAUUGGUGUAGAAGCAACUGAAAGUAAGAAUUGUUGUUUUUUCGUUAGCCCACAUGGGACAACUGAAGGGACUUCAUAGUUCUGACCCGUACGUACUGUGCCUCUGAGAAAGGGAACCAAGGAAAUAUCACCUCCUCGGUGACUAAGACAGUAAGAAACUCAUUAGAAACGUCUGAAGUAGAAAGAAUAAACCACUUCAUACUGUAAAAGGAAUAGUUCAGGUUGACUCUUACAUAUUGGGGGGGGGGGGGGUGUUAAAGCAUAAAGACCCAGGGACCAACAUGCAUCCUGGUUUUAAUCUGAAGGGGGACCCAGAGUCCGAAUGGAACACACAGCUAGCGACACCUGCUCUUUCCAGGCUUUAUGCUAAGCUAAGCUAACCAGAGCAACUAUUCUACUAAUACUUAAAAUAAUAGUUAUUACCAGCACAAGUGGACCUUCAUGAUAGUGAGUUCAUGAUUAACAAAAGAGAACAAAGACACACUGAAUGAAAGAAGGGUUGUGCCUAAUAUUUAGUUCUAAGCUCUAAAACACGUUUUCUUUUAUCUGACUUUGACGAAGAGGAACAGCGACUAUCGAUAAAGAUCUCAACACAUUCCCUGCUGAGGCGGCUUGUGUCACUGCUUUCACUUCUUCUUCUCUGGUCUUUAAAGAAGAGUUUGUGAACCCGGCUUUGUUUUAUGGAUCUUACUUCCAACUCAAACCCUACGUGGCCCUCUUAUUGUAGUACUACUACAUGAAGUACCUCCCAUGUGGCGUCUCUUUGUAGUACUACUACAUGAAGUACCUCCCAUGUGGCGUCUCUUUGUAGUACCUGUACAUGAAGUACCUCUCAUGUGGCGUCUCUUUGUAGUACCUGUACAUGAAGUACCUCCCAUGUGGCGUCUCUUUGUAGUACUACUACAUGAAGUACCUCCCAUGUGGCGUCUCUUUGUAGUACCUGUACAUGAAGUACCUCUCAUGUGGCGUCUCUUUGUAGUACCUGUACAUGAAGUACCUCCCAUGUGGCGUCUCUUUGUAGUACCUGUACAUGAAGUACCUCUCAUGUGGCGUCUCUUUGUAGUACCUGUACAUGAAGUACCUCUCAUGUGGCGUCUCUUUGUAGUACCUGUACAUGAAGUACCUCCCAUGUGGCGUCUCUUUGUAGUACCUGUACAUGAAGUACCUCUCAUGUGGCGUCUCUUUGUAGUACCUGUACAUGAAGUACCUCUCAUGUGGCGUCUCUUUGUAGUACCUGUACAUGAAGUACCUCCCAUGUGGCGUCUCUUUGUAGUACCUGUACAUGAAGUACCUCCCAUGUGGCGUCUCUUUGUAGUACCUGUACAUGAAGUACCUCCCAUGUGGCGUCUCUUUGUAGUACCUGUACAUGAAGUACCUCCCAUGUGGCGUCUCUUGUACUACGUACCUGUGCUUGCUGUGGACUUUGGACCCAACAGGUGUGGCUUCACUCAUUGUUCUCCUUUAUGCAGGACUGAUAUCUGAGGAUCGAGUACCUGUAGAGUAAUGUUCCUGUUCUUAUCAACCAUCAGAAACUAGUACAAAGUACUUCAUUGUUUAGUUUGAGCGCUUUAGAAGGAAUAUUUCACCCAUAAAAUAAAUUCUGACAGUUUACUGCUCAGAGGUCGUUUGGGGAAACUGAAACAAAGCGACCGAGCAUGCGAAGGAUUUCCAAGGAUUUCAAUAAUCAUUUAAAAAAGAAAAAGGGUUUUAUGUAACAGGAAAUAUUCCCGUCUCAGACCUCACAUUUUCCUUAAUGCAGCCGUGCAUGAACUCACAGACCUGGUGAUGAUUUGUUAAAUUGAUGCAUAAUAGUGUCCUUUAACGUCCUUUCACUGCACCUCCUCUGUCCUCCCUUUUCAUUCCACUGUGAUCUGUUCUCUUCCUUAAAGAUGAAAGCGUGACACAUGAGACGUCUGUAAAUAACUAGAAUCUAUUUAUUUUCUAUAUUUAUCCUUUCACUCGGACUUAGGUCUCCGUUUGAUGUUUGUAAACGUUUUCCCACAUCUGCUGAAGAUGAGCAUCACUCUUCAUCUCCACGCCGUCUCUCUGAGGGUCAAUGUGUGCGUGUGAAGACCAGCGCUCUGCGUGACGUUUACGCGCUUCUUGGUUUUUAGUUUUUAUUCAAAGCUCAACGCAUGACUCUCUGGGAUUGGUCCUGCAGAGGUGAAACAUCUGCACAGAUUGAAAAACAGGCAGAUGUUUUUUUCAUUAAGGUUCCCUGACAUCACAGGACACACCCCUUUUGUGUGUGUGUGACAUCACAGACAUCUGCCCCAGUGACAUGAAGGUCUUCAGUGCUUCUCUCUCCUUUAAACACCUGAAGAUGUUGGAUCCAGUGCAAACGGAGGGUUUUUGUAACGUGGGCCAUGAUUCCUGCUCAGAACUUUUCUUAAACUUGAAAUGAUGUUGUGCUUCAUGUGCCAAACGAUGCUGGUGAUCUUUGGAUGUGGCGAGUCGGGUUCUGCUGCAAACGAAAGGAAAAAAUAACAGUUCAAGGGCUUUCAUUGUUGAAAUGUUGUUUCAAUAAAUAUGUCACAAUAA